CGCAACGGAGGCCUCCCCGCGCCGCCUCUGCCCCCUCAGUCGGCUGCUGGCCGUUGAAGCGAGCGGAGCCGCGGUGGUUGCUGGGAGGGCUUGGGCGGAGGGCCGCGACCGGGAGGCGCCAUGGCGGCGGAGCUGAGCGACAUGGCGGAGCCGCCUGCGCCGCUGUCUUUUUCUUCUUCCUCCUCCGAGGGUGAGGCGUCGCUGGACAUGGAGGCCUCGCCGUCGCUGCUGCCGGGCGAGGGGGCGGAGAGUAUGUCGGAGGCCAGCCCGGAGAGCGCCAGCCAGGCCGGCGACGGCGACGACGAGGAGGAGGACGACGACGACGACGGGGUGGCGAGCAGCACGGGCUCCUCCAGCGGCUGCUGCAGCGACGAGGCGCGCUCGCUCAGCCCCCCCGGCGGCAAGGCCGAGGCCGGCGGGGAAGGCGGCGGCGGCGGCGGGGCCGGGAGCGGUGAAGGGGCGGCCGAGGGCCGCAGCAAGAGCGGCGCCAGCAGCGUCGUCUCCAGUGGCACCGGCGACGAGGGCUACGGCACUGGCGGCGGCGGCGGCCCCGGGGCCGGCGGCAGAGGCGGGGGCAGCGGCGGCAGCAGCACUUGCAGCGCCUCGUCGGGCGGCCGCAGGGGCAGCCUGGAGAUCUCCUCGGACGGCGAGCCGCUCAGCCGCAUGGACUCCGAGGACAGCAUAAGCAGUACCAUAAUGGAUGCAGACAGUACCAUUUCCAGCGGUCGUUCUACUCCGGUUAUGAUGAAUGGACAAGGAGUUACUGCUUCAUCCACAAAAAGUAUUUCUUAUAACUGCUGUUGGGACCAGUGCCAUACUUGCUUCAACUGCAGCCCAGAUCUGGCGGAUCACAUUCGCGCGAUACACGUAGACGGCCAGCAAGGAGGGGUAUUUGUCUGCUUAUGGAAAGGCUGCAAAGUUUACAACACACCGUCAACAAGUCAGAGCUGGCUGCAGAGACACAUGCUGACCCACAGUGGCGACAAACCCUUCAAGUGCGUCGUCGGAGGGUGCAACGCUAGUUUUGCAUCUCAGAGCGGGCUGGCUCGCCACGUGCCGACACACUUCAGCCAGCAGAACUCUUCGAAAGUCUCCAAUCAGCCAAAAGCAAAAGAAGAAUCUCCUUCGAAAGCUGGGAUGAACAAAAGAAGGAAGCUAAAGAACAAACGGAGGCGCUCAUUACCGAGACCACACGACUUCUUCGACGCUCAAACCCUGGAUGCGAUACGACAUCGAGCCAUCUGCUUCAACCUCUCCGCUCACAUAGAAAGCUUAGGAAAAGGCCACAGCGUCGUAUUUCACAGUACUGUAAUGGCAAAGAGGAAAGAGGAAUCCGGGAAAGUAAAGCUGCUGCUUCACUGGACGCCGGAGGACAUUCUGCCUGAUGUGUGGGUAAAUGAAAGUGAGCGACAUCAAUUAAAAACUAAAGUAGUUCAUUUAUCAAAACUACCAAAAGAUACUGCCUUGCUUCUGGACCCAAACAUAUACAGAAAGUCUAGUAAAGAAGGUACACACAGUGGAAUCCUGAAAGAUCACUUCUGUUAAGAUCACAUACUGAACAAUGCCACAGAAAAGGUUGAAGAGGUAAAAGUAAGAUCAGCUGGGGACACUUCACCUGCCAUCCUGUUCUCUGGCCGUGGAACUAGAACUGAACUUGCACAUUCGUCGGGCUCUCUCCAUCCCACCUGUACCCAGUUGCCUGAUGGUUGGUGAUGACCAUUCUGGGGAACACGUCAAUCUCUCUCGAUAACAGCAUACAUCUUCAUGGAAUGGUACGACAGGCGACAGGCCGAGCACUCGUCAGGCAACGUAGUGGGCUCUUGGAUGGCUUUGCAUGCUUGCUGCUUUCCUUUUGGUAAAUUUUCUGUUGCUUCUCUUGGGCGCUGCGUUGCCACCUGCGACCCUUCCUGCGGUUCAUUCCUUUUUUUGUGAGCGUUUUGGGAACUGAUCCUUGGUAAAAACCAAACCUGGCAUAUACUAGAGUCCCCCUUUCUCAGAGUCUGGUGGAGAGUAAUCCAUAGUCACUUUUGUAAACUUCGUGGUGUCCUGUCAGCAUAAUCCUAAGUGAUGUUAUGAUGUUCAAGCAAAUGGUGGUGGCAUAUUUCCAUUGCUAGUAAAAUAUAUAUUUGAGAGGACGAUAGAUGUUAAAUGUUACUAUAUAUCUAAUCCUCUCUAUAAGGCUAUUACUGUAAGUUAAUAAGACUUCAAUAACCUCUACAGAAAAAAAAGGUAGUGACUUUAAAAAAAAGAAUAUUCCUUGGCCUUUAAAACUCCCGUUUGCUUCUGAAGAACCUCUUAUUCCCCUCUCCUUUUUUUGGCCUGAAAUUUUCUAAAUGUGAAAGAAAUGUAUUUUUUAAAAAAUUGAAAGCACCUAGGAAUACAAUCGUUUAUGCACCAAAGUUGGCUAUGAAAAGAGAAAAAAAAAUUAAAUGGUUUCCUUGCUUGUCUAAGCAAGAAAUUAUGGAUUUUCUUAACCUACAGGAAUAGAAAAAUGUGUGUAUCUUGUUCGUCUUGUACAGAGACAAAAAAACUGUUGCAUAUAGAUAAGACAUCGCUUGUACAUAAUUUUGCAGAUUUGUAAUAUAUUUUUAUAUUAUGAAAAGUAUUGUAGAUGUUUUUUCUAGAGGCAUGAAAGUUAAAAUGUAUAUAUUAUGGUAGAAAUAAUAUUGAAGGAUAUUGUAAUUCACUAGUGCUGCCAGAAUAAUUUGUUUAAAAGCAAGCACCUUUCUUAACAAUAAAAAAAAAAGUCUUUUGGAUUUCUAAGGGACUAUAUACUACUGUUGUGAGAACAAAAACACAUUGAAACAUCCUUCUAGAGAUCUUUGAGGGAUGCGCAGUAUCCAUAGGAACUUUAUGGCACUCAUUGCUGGUAAUGGAUAUGAAACUGGUCAUUUCCUUGCUUGUUAGAAGGAACAAAUGUAAUGGUGGCUAUAUGCAGUCAAACUGCAUGAUUAACCUUCCCUUUUUGGGAGGAAUUUUCACAUUACAACAGUGAAUAUAAAUACCAGCGAUUUUUACUCAAUUUUUUUUAAAAAAAUAAAUAGCAAAAAUAAUAUUCAACUCUCUGGAGAAGCGAGUGUUUCUAAUACCACAAAUGGGGCCUCUAUUGGUGCUGAUCAUAUAUGCUUGCUUGGCUCCUAAUAGGUUUUAGAACAUUGGCAUUCCCUAUUGAAGUGCACAUUAUACGCACCACUAACAUGGAAUGGUUUCUGGAAUAGUUGUUUAAUAAUAAAGGUAUUUCAUAAAGAGCUGUAGCAGUGUAACUGUUAAAAAAAACACAUGCAGUUUUUAUUUUUUAUUUGCUUGAGCACUUCAGUUACCGCUUAAUCUAUAUCUUGUAUGACCAUCCGCAAUUGCUUUGUUUUUUUUUAAAGUUAUAAAAUUUGCCAAAUAGGUGUUUUCAGAUAUAGUUUGUAUUUGAAUUUUUAAAAAUCUUAUUGCUUCACGAGUUUCUUAUAUGCUGUUUAUAAUUGACAGAUGAUUGUAGACCUUGCCUGAGUAUUUUUUCUAAUAAAACAGAACAAAUACAACUCUU